GCAGUGUGCGUGGCAUGCUGGGAGUUGUAGGCUCCGCUUGCGCAUAUGUCUAAUUUCCGCCAAACCCAAGUGAAAGUCGCAGAGCAGCUUCUUAAAAUUGGAAAUCCUUGCUUUGUCGCUUGGAACCUCUUAACGAUGACGCCUCAUCAACUAAGGGAUAAGUUCACAAUCCUCUAAGUGACAUUCACUGUCUACUUCACGAUUUGGUACAGCGUGUGGUACCCUUGAUGCUUAACACUUCCUACCUAUACUUUAGGACUAUUGUGGAUGCUGCCUCCGAGAAGGCGGCUCGAAGUAGACCUCUCUUCUGUGCUUCCACACAACUCUUAUUUUAUAUUACAACCACGGCCGGCCUUUCCUUAGCGCACACUGGGCUGAUCUAACUUACCGUACAAGCUCAUCAGUUCUCAUCACAGCCCUCUGGGACGGUUCUUUUUAUCUCCGUUUUCAUUUGAGGGAAUUCUGGGUUAAAGUAAUUAUGUAACUUGAGCAAGGACACACUGAAAGACCACACUGCAUUCCUACAACUCUUCUACACAAGGAGUCCUAGGUCUGAGGAUCUUCACGGCUUCUCACUUUCCCGCGAGCCCCAGCCCGGAGGCUGGACUGCAGCGACGACACCAUUCCCGUGGUGCCUUGCGCACUCGCGCUGCUAUUGGCAACUUGGCUGCAUUUUCAAAUUGAGGCGCGGAGUCGUUAGUCUGGUCCGAGACUGGGACGUGAUUGGAGGUUCAGUUGUCGGGCUGUUAGGAGACUUGCGCCACGACCUGUUAAGAGUCUCGGGUGGGACCGGGACGCGGAGCUGCUUGCGUGGAUCCUCCUGGCCCAGUCAACACCCGGCAGAGGAGGCGGGCAGCUGGGUCCGCACCUGAAGCGUAUCCCCUCCGUGCCCGACGCGGUUCAAAUCCGCGGGCAGGCUUUGACUUGACUGGGGCAGUCAUGGCGUCCCAGCCGAAUUCCUCUGCGAAGAAGAAAGACGAUAAGGGGAAGAACAUCCAAGUAGUGGUGAGAUGCAGACCAUUUAACUUGGCAGAGCGGAAAGCUAACGCCCACUCAGUAGUAGAAUGCGAUCAAACACGGAAAGAAGUUAGUGUUCGAACUGGAGGACUGGCUGAUAAGAGCUCGAGGAAAACAUACACUUUUGAUAUGGUUUUUGGACCAUCUACCAAACAAAUUGAUCUUUACCGAAGUAUUGUUUGUCCGAUUCUGGAUGAAGUUAUAAUGGGCUAUAAUUGUACUAUCUUUGCAUAUGGCCAGACUGGUACUGGAAAAACCUUUACAAUGGAAGGUGAAAGGUCACCUAACGAAGCAUAUACCUGGGAGGAGGAUCCAUUGGCUGGUAUAAUUCCACGUACACUUCAUCAAAUUUUUGAGACGCUUACUGAUAAUGGUACUGAAUUUUCAGUCAAAGUGUCUCUUUUGGAAAUCUAUAACGAAGAACUUUUUGAUCUUCUUAAUCCUUCUUCUGAUGUUUCUGAGCGACUACAAAUGUUUGAUGAUCCCCGUAACAAGAGAGGAGUGAUAAUCAAAGGGUUAGAAGAAAUUGCAGUACACAAUAAGGAUGAAGUCUAUCAAAUUCUGGAGAAGGGAGCAGCGAAAAGGACGACUGCAGCAACCCUGAUGAACGCUUACUCCAGUCGGUCCCACUCAGUUUUUUCUGUUACAAUACACAUGAAAGAAACUACAAUUGAUGGAGAAGAACUUGUUAAAAUUGGAAAGUUGAACUUGGUUGACUUGGCGGGCAGCGAAAACAUUGGCCGUUCUGGAGCUGUUGACAAGAGAGCCCGGGAAGCUGGAAAUAUCAAUCAGUCCCUGCUGACUUUGGGAAGGGUGAUUACUGCUCUUGUAGAAAAAACACCUCAUGUUCCUUAUCGAGAAUCUAAGCUAACUCGAAUCCUUCAAGAUUCUCUCGGGGGCCGCACCAGAACGUCUAUAAUUGCCACGGUUUCUCCUGCGUCUGUCAAUCUUGAGGAAACUCUGAAUACAUUGGAAUAUGCUCACAGAGCAAAGAACAUUUUGAAUAAACCUGAAGUUAAUCAGAAACUCACCAAGAAAGCUCUUAUUAAGGAGUACACAGAAGAGAUCGAGCGCCUGAAACGGGAUCUUGCUGCUGCCCGUGAGAAAAAUGGAGUGUAUAUUUCUGAAGAAAAUUUUAGAACCAUGAGUGGAAAAUUAACUGCUCAAGAAGAGCAGAUUGUGGAAUUGGUUGAAAAAAUUGGUGCUGUUGAGGAGGAACUAAGUAGGGUUACAGAGUUGUUUAUGGAUAAUAAAAAUGCACUUUACCAGUGUAAAUCUGACCUGCAAAAUAAGACACAGGAACUUGAAAGUACUCAGAAACAUUUGCAAGAAACUAAAUUGCAACUUAUUAAAGAAGAAUAUAUUUCAUCAACUUUGGAAAGCAAUGAGGAGAAACUUCAUGAUACUGCCAGCAAGUUACUUGACACAGUUGAAGAAACUACAAAAGUUGUAUCUGGUCUCCAUUCCAAACUGGAUCGUAAGAAGGCAAUUGAGCAACAUAAUGCAGAAGCUCAGAAUGUUUUUGGCAAAAACCUGAAGAAUCUGUUUAAUAAUAUGGAAGAAUUAAUUAAGGAUGGCAACACAAAACAGAAGGCCAUGCUAGAAGUUCACAAGACCUUGUUUGGAGAUCUGCUAUCUUCUAGUAUGUCCGCAUUGGAUUCUUGGGCUACAACAGCGUUUGGAUCCUUCACAUCUAUUUCAGAAAAUGUGUCGAGUCAUGUUUCUCGAAUUUCUAAUAUGAUAUUAGAAGAACGAUCACUAGCAGCAGAAAGUAAAACUGUACUGCAGAAAUUGAUUAAUGAACUUACAACUGACCUUCUACAUUCACUGCAAACGGUUUUAUCCCCUACUGUGAUAGCCAUACUGAAAAUCAAUAGUCAACUCAAGCAUAUUUUCAAGACUUCAUUGACAGAGGCUGAAAAGAUAGAAGAUCAAAAAAAAGAAAUGGAUGACUUUCUCAGUAUAUUGUGUAACAAUCUACAUGAACUACAAGAGAGUACAGUUUCUUCCUUGUUUGAGUCACAGAAGCUUUGUGAAACCUUAACUGAAGAAGUGAAAGCAAUAAAGCAAGCCCAUUCACAGGAGCUUUGCCAGUUCAUGAAUCUUUGGGCAGAGAGAUUCUGUACUUUGGAGGAAAAAUGUGAAAACAUCCAGAAACCACUCAGUAGUGUUCAAGAAAAUACAAAGCAGAAAUCUAAAGAUAUAGUCAGCACAGCAACUUUUCACAGUAACAAAUUCUGUGCUGAUUUUGAUGGCUUAUCACAAAAACUCAGACGUUUUAACCAAGAAGGUUCAAAAUUGGUUGAGCAGUCUGUGAAACAGUGUGAUACACUCAGCACCAACCUGGAAAAAAUAUCUCAAGAAACUGAACAGAGAUGUGGAUCUCUGAACAUGAAUACAGUUUGUCUUUCAGAACAGUGGAUAGCUUCCUUAAACAAAAAGGAAGAGGAGCUUCAGAGUUUAUUGGAGGGUAUAAACGGACAUUGGGAGACUUCCAAGUCAGAAAUCAUGGAAAAAUUAAAUGGACAUAAAGCAGAAAAUGAGAACCAGAACUGUGUUUUUCUUAGCCAGAUAAGAACUGAUGAAGAAAAUUUGUUGGCACAAAAUCUAGAACUUACUGAAGUUACAAAACUGGGUUUGACUAAGCUUCAUUCCUUUCUGCAGCAAGAUCUCAAACUGGAUAUCCCCACAGGUACCACACCACAGAGGAAACGUUAUCUAUACCCAUCAACACUGGUGAGAACUGAACCACGAGAACAGCUCCUUGAUCGGUUGAGAAAGGAGAAACCCGAGCUGUUAAUGAUGCCAAGCUGUUCAGAAAACAACAAAGAAGAAGAAGAGAACAGUCAGGACAGGAAUAAAGCAAAGAAAGUUCUGGAGCAGUAUAUUGAAGAACCUCUAAGUCAGAAACCGCCUGCAGAUGCCAGUGUGGAUUGUUCUUCAAGUGGUGGAGUUCCAUUUUUCCAGCAUAAAAAAUCACACGGAAAAGACAAAGAAAACCGAGGCGUUAACCCGGUGAAGAGGUCGAAAGUGGAAGACACCGCAGAACACUCUGUUAUGAAAAGCAGGUUACCGCUUCAUGCCUAGAAAAAUCCUCAGUUAAGCUGAGGCUUGAGAUAGAAUUUCAGUAAAACCAGAAGCCUCAAAAUUUGAGCCUUAACUACCGAUUAAAAAAGAAUAAACUAUAUCAAGGCAGUCUAGUAAAGUAGUUAACUUUAGUAUCUUCCCAUGUUUUGGUCAUCCCUGUAAUUUCCAGUGUAUUAAGCUGAGUUUCAUGUGGGGAUUUGCGUUGGGUUAAUAUGUUUCAGGCUUUUCCUCUGAAGUAGCCCUUGUAUCCCCUUUGUAUGUUAUUAAAUAGUAAAUGUGUGGGAGCUAUGCUGUUUCAGGUUUGGACUUAAACAGGUAAACAGCUCUGACGUGGCCUUGCAAAAGGACAUCUCAUUUAUUUUUUGUUGUGACUUAGUUAAAUCUACUUUUUCUUCUCUCUAGAUUUUUCUAUGAUGGGCUCUCAGGUCAUUUUCUGUCUUUUUUCACAAAAUUUUCUUAGAGCUUCAGAGAAGUUUCGUUUCUUUUCUUUUCUAGGAUUUGAACCUAAGGAGUGCUGAAGCUACAUCCUCCCACUCCAGCCCCUGUUCCACCCACUCCGAAAGUAUCUCUUCUUUCAGUUUUUGUUUCUCCCUAGACAUGAAAACAUUUCAUUCUUUCUUGAGAUUAAAUACCUUAGCCUGCAGAGUCUCUAAAAACAAGCUUCUCCAGAAUAUGUAGGUUACUAUUACGAAAGAACUUCCUAGAGCUUUCAAUCAGGGCUUUAUGGUCCACUCUAAGGCUUACGUUAUUAGGAGAGGGUCACAUGAUUUAAGGACUUUUUGAAACUGCCAAUUAUGUUUAUAUUUUAUAUUAUUUUCUUUUUUUUUUCUUUUUUUGGUCUUUUUUUCCUUUUUUCUAUCAGUACCGGGAGUCGAACUCACGACUGCCUACUUGCAAGGCAGGCGCUUAUGCCACUGAGCUAAAUCCCCAGCCCCAGUUUAUAUUAUUUUCUUUGCCUUAUGAAACUUGUUCUUAUAUUGUAUAUAAUAAAAUGUUUGUGUACAUUUAAUUUUAAUCUUAGAAGGGCUUUUUUUUUCUUCCAGUUUUUCUUCUGAUGAUACUAGGCAUAAAACUAAAGGUGCUAUGCCACUAAGCUAUGCCCCUGGCCCUUUUCAUUUUUUAUUUUGAGACCAGGUCUUACUAAGUUGUCUAGAUUGCCUUUGAACUUGCAGUUCUCCUGCUUCAACCUUCCAAGUAGCUGAGAUUACAGGCUUGCACUACCAUGCCUCAGGACCCUGAUAGCUUUUUAACCUGGCAGCCAUGUUCUGGAAGUGGGAACAUGGAGACCCAGAGCACUUAGGAGAGAUAUGUGCAUAGGAAACGCUUUGUGCCCACAUCAAGUUUAGUAUGUAAAUCUUAGAAUAUUUACUUGGUAGCUAACAAAACCCAGGCCCUAUGGAAAGAUUAGAAAAUAUUUGAAGAACUAAAUUUACCUUGCAGAAGUAUUAUUAAAACUAUGGGUAUAAUUUCUCUGUAAACAUAUGUCUAUGAAUUAUGAAGAAUGUCUUUCCCUUUGUAAAUUUAUAAUUAAUAAAUUUGAUUUCUUUCAUGCCUAUAA